AUGUGUCUUGUCGGUCGCCCGAUGAGCGUUAUGGCGCCCGAGUCGGUCGGAGAAAGACGUCAGUCAGCUGCUUCGCUCGCUAAGAAGAUCGCCGAGUGGACGAGGACAAUGUUGAUUCGACGAAAGCUCGCAAGCAUCGAGACCGGCUUUGGAACUGGACCUCCAAACCCAUCUCAGUACAAACUUAUCUUCGAUGUCGUCGAAGAGGCCUACGAGUCGGACAAGACUGCGAUCAGUCGAGUUCUUAAAGGUGUCCGCGAUGAAGCUAUUAGCGUCCAGCUCGACGCCAAUCGUCGCAUUGAUGUCAAGCUGCACCUCUACGAAUGGCUGGCCAACUCCGCUCCUGCGAGUCUUACAGACAACAGAUUGUCGCAUGCCAGGGAAGAGGUGUGCCGGAUGAUUGGGCCCAACUUUAGAGUUCUGAAGUACGAGGCCGCGAUGAAGAACAACUCUUCAGUUUACGACAAGAUCAAGGACAAACUGCCCCCAGCAGGGUCGGUCACACACGUGCGCGUUCAGCGACUCAUCGAGGCUCUUCCAAACUACAGCCUCCCAGAUGGUUCUGGUAACCAGCUCUCGAAGAACCAGCUCAAGAAGCGGUGCAAGUUCGUCCUCGCUUGCAUCAAAGGAGAGCCAGUCGCCGAGCCCACUCUCGCUCAGACCGGAGCGGCAAAGAGGGCAAGCGACGCUGACACCGCUGCUGCCACUGGACCUGGCAAAGCACCACCCAACAAGAGGACCUCCAACCUGAAGACGAAGAAGUCAUCCAAGUCAGCACACGAGAAGCAGCAUCAUACCGCCACCGUCACAUCGUCCUCAGCGCCGGCCGCCUCACUCCCAGCUCCUUCGAUGCCUGAUGGUGUUACAGCUGAAUGGAUUGCCAACCUUGUCGCACGAGUCCAAGAGGACACCAACGCGCGCUUCUUCAUCAACUAUCCAAACAACUACCAAACCCCCCGAGACGCUUCAACACCCACUGGUGGCUUCAAUCCCAUGCCCUCUGGCUUCGGUUCAGACAGUUUCACGUCGCCAAACAUGCACAACGCACCGCAUGCCUUCAACGGUCCAUCACCACAUACACCACACAAUCUACACAAUCCACACAGUCAGCCAAAAAGCACGUACGGCUACGGCCUAACCAUGCCCCUCGGCUCUGGUCAAGGCAGUUUCACAUCACGAGACUUCCUACCAAUGCCGUCUGCCUUCAGUGGUCCACCUCCUUCCAUGCAGUACGGCCACGACCAAACCAAGCCCUCUGGACUUCACACAGGCAGUUUCACAUCGCGAGACUUCCUGCAGUUGCCGUCUGUCAAUCGAUACGGCUACGACCAAAGCAAGCCCUCUGGACUUCACACAGACAGUCCCACGUCGCCAGACUUCCUGCAGACACCAUCUCUCAAUCAGUACGGCCACGACUCAACUAUGCCCUCUGGAGUUGAGACUCGCUGA